AUUCAAGCGAUGGGACUGUUUUGAAAUCCGCAAAUGGAGUGUUUCUGUACUUGUUUGUGACCUGAAAUGUCGACCUCAAAUUGUCAUUUCUCUGCCAUAAGAAGUCUUUUCGAUAACGCUGUUGAAAAUGGUGAAAUUACAGUACUUGAAUUUACUACUCGGCUAUCGGAAAUAGGUAUAAGCUUAUCACCUGAAGAGAAAAAAUCUCUGGUACAACGCGUAGAUAGCGAAAUGAAGCUGUCGUAUAAGGAGAUUCUAGAAAAGCAUUCUUCAGACAAUGGAAACGAAAAAUUGUCAAGAGAGUAAGUUAGUUAUUCCCUAACUAUUCCAGGCUACAAUUCCAAAUUUUAUUAGUCCUACAUACUCGUUUUCUAUGCUCGUUUGAAGAGGCUGAUAUGUGUGCUGAUCAUGAACUUGGUGACUGGAUUUCGGAACUAAUCAGCCGGCUUAGCUUAUGUGAUCCUACUUGGAAUGAAUGGAAAAACUUUCUGAAAUUGGAAGUUGUCGAUAGGUACAAGACAGGCUUUGGUCGCACAUUAUUUCAUGUCUACAUCAAUCUUGGUUUGGAACCUCCUGAGUGCCUACCCCAUGAUACGGAACUUACAUCAGAAUCACGUACUCUAGAGGAAAAUGUAGAUGAAGUCGAUGGGGUCAUACCAAAUUCACCCCAACCAUCAAAUGUCAUGCAACCUUCACCAGUACCACGCAAUACCCUUAGACAAUCGCUUCCACGUGCUUUGUUUACUGAUUCAGUACACAUCUCACUUUCAUCCAAUGAAACUCCUAAUCCCUUGACAUCCACUCCAAUUUUAUCCAAUGUUAUUAGUUCGUGUCCUGUCAACAUAGAGUCAUCUAGUAAAUAUCGGUCUUGUAAAACCAUACCAACUCCUCAUCUAGUACUUAUACCAUGUCAACGAUCGAAACGAAAAUGCCGAACUCCAACGAAACGCAUACCAGUAAAACGAGAAGCUCGAAAGAAACCAACAAGCACAACACCUACUACAAGACACAGACAUUCUUCAGCUAAUUCAUCAAAACGAACUCCAGCUUCAACGUCAGCUCGUACUCCAAAGAGUUCAAAUCGAUCACGUUCACAUAUUAUCACGUCUCCUAACGCUAAUAGCGUAAAACCAAAGUCGACAUUAUCAGAAACGCCCAUUUCAACAAGAGGAGAGUCUAAAAGAAGGGCGAAUACCGAUUCAAGACGUAAUCAUCGACGUUCAGUACACGAGACACCUAAUCCAGAGAAAUCAUAUCCUCGCUGGGAACGCGCCAAGUUGGCUGCAGCAGAGAAAACCAAAAAUAAGGCAAUUAUUGUAGAUGAAUCACCAAUAAAACCACUGCUAACAACAGUCAGUCCAUUACGUCGACUACGUCGAGCUAACUCUAUGCUAAAUAGUCUUUUGUACAUUGAAGCACAAGAAGCUGCCAAUAUAACAGCUCAGACUCACAGUGGUGGUGGUGGUUGUCUUCCAACACUAUUGAGUAAUAGUUCCAGUCUGCCAUUUAAUUCCGAUGAUGACAAUGAAGAUAAUAAUCGACUAACUCGCGAAUCAUCACUUCAAUUCAAUCAAGAACUACCAAUACAAUAUAAAGAUUCAUGUCUGUCCGUGGCAAUGUCACGUGCUGAACGUUGGAGACGACGUCAAUUAGAAGAGGAAGCUAGUUUAAGUCAAUUCUCAACACAAAUUUCUAAUAUUCAAUCAAAUUCUGUACAUAUAAAUAAUGAUUUUAUUAAUGAAAAUAUUAAUCCAUCAACACCUCCACGUUUACUACGUCGUAAUUCUAAUUUAUUAGCCAAUAUGAUUUCUUCAUCAGAUCAUCAUCGUUUAAAUACAGCAUUAAGUCAAUUGAUUCAUAGUCCAAAACGAAUAAAAACCCCUCGUAAAAACAUUUUUAAUGUGACGCCCAAGUGUACUCCGAAUGCAAAAAACAAUUGUUCUCAAUUGUCUACAACAACAACUCAGAUAAAUACAGACUGUCUAAAUCCAGCACAAGUUACUACAACUCCCCCUAUCUCUACUAUGAAACCAUUUCUACAAAACGAUGUUCAAUCUAUGUCAAGUCUGAAUACAGUAGGCUCAUUCCCAAGAUCUACUCCUCGACGUAGAACGUACAAAUCUAAAGAUACUGAUGAUAGUCAUCCCAUCACCACUACUACUACUACUACAAGUCGUCGUCGGACUAGACAUUGUUCUGGAUUCGUUCAAUCGAAUACACGUGAAACCAUUGUUUCACCUCAGAUAUUUGACGAGGAGGCAAUGUUCCUUGGAAGAGAAGAAUUUCUGAAUGAAACUACCCCAAAUGUGUCUAGCACAUUUGAUAAAUGUGUCGAAGAUGAUGAUGAUGGUGCUGAAUUUGGAGCGUUGUUAAUGUCUAGAAAACGUAGAAAAAUAUCUCCAGUUUGUACACCAACACAACCUCCUGUAUUUCGUUUGAACACAUUAGCUGCUGCAACUACUACGUCAGGUUCCACUAAUACUCAUCAAGUUUUUACUGGAUCACCUAACUCUCAUGAUUUGACUGGAAAUCAUACACCAUAUUCAUUUGGUAGUAAUAAUUUCAUGGAUGACUACCUGAUAAAUGCUCCUAAGCGUAAUAUCAACUGCAUUUCUGACGGUUCCGUCAAUACCGUUGCUAACAGUAACAGUAGUGACUAUGGUACUUCGGAUACUACUAUUAGUACCACUGUUAAUACUACUUCUGCCAAUACCAUUAGUAUUAGUGAUCAAAAACAAUCUGAUAUGAUCAAUAAUUCUAAAGCAUCUAUAUUUACCACAUGUCCAGUAGUUAAACCUAUUCAUCAAUCAACAUUUGCUCCAUUGCAUGUAUUCAAUCGUCCUUCAAUUGCAGUUAGUGAUUCUAUCGAUAAUACAACAACAAUUCACAGUAGUCAAAGUAAUUCAACGUGUAUUGCUUUACGUAAACAAUUAUUUGGUGGAAUUGAUGAACCAUCUAAUAGUAUAUCUAAUCCUAAAUUAUCUGAAGAUAUUCAUGAGAAUUCGGAGAAUAUACCUCCUAAUCAUUUGAAUUCACCAUCCUCUUCAUUAUCAUUAUCAUCACCAUCAUCAUCAUCAAAAUCUCAUAUUAUUCCAUUAUCAUAUGAUAAUCCUAAUCAUAAUAAUAAUAAUAAUAAUAAUAAUAAUAAUAAUCCUAAUCAUAAUAAUAAUAAUAAUAAUAAUUCACGUCAUUUAUGGGAUGAGAAUUCAUUAGAUAUACCAUUAUCACCAGUAUUACAUCAAUUACAAUAUAAUAUACAAUCAUCUAUUGAUACUAAUUAUCAUCAUCAUCAUUCAUAUACAUAUUUAUCUAAAAAUAAUCAUAAUUUAUUCCCUUCUAAAUUCAUAGUACCAAUUAUACAACAAUCAACAUUACAUAAUCCAUCAUGUCAUCGUGGAUUACAUCCUCGACGUAAUUUAUUCCAAUAAUUAUAUUCUCUCUCUCUCUCUCUCUCUCCACCCUCUCCCACCCCCUCUUUCUUUUCUUUUCUCUAUUUUUGUUUUUUUUUCUCUUUCUUUCUAUCUAAUAAUCUUGUUUUUAGUUUCCAAUUGGUUUUCAUCAUGUUUAUAAUGUAAAAAUGUAUUUCCAAAGUAUUCAUCAUCAAUCUCUAAUUGAAAGGAUCCUUUUUUCAAUGAAUAUGAUGAAACAAUUACAUGUGAAUAUAACUUCUAUUAAAACUGUAAAAGUAAAACAAAACACCUUUUUCAGUUUGUGUAUCUAGAUAGUAUUCUAACCCUUACACAAAUCAAGGGAUUUGUAUGGUGUAUAUGUAUUUUGAUUAGUACUUCUUUAUUAUCAAUGUUUGUGUUGAAAUAUAUGAAGAAAAAAAAAACACACACCCACAACCUUCUUCAUGUAAAUUUGUGUUCUAUAUUACUAAUAUAUAUUGUAAGUAGUAUCUAUCUAUCUAUGUAUAUAUAAAAAGUAUUUUUCAAUGAAUCUUAAGUAUUUUUCAUUUUACUUAGGAUUUUGUAUUUGAUGAAUUGAUACUUAUUGUAGUAUUCUAUAUUUCCGUUUGGUUGUGGUUAAUUUGAUGAAUAUAGUGUUGGAUACUACUAAUGAGUUUGUGUAUAAUUAAUAUGUUCUAUUAUUAUUAUUAUUGAUAAUGUAUCGUAACAUUUCUAGUACUCUAGUAUUUGUCUUGAACAUUUCAUCUCACUGUAUUGAUAUGGUAUAGUGACAUCAUGAAACAAUAUGUAUUACUUAUGACUAACUAUGAAUUUGUACAAUAAGUAAAUUCAAGGGCAUGUUAAACUACUUCUUUUCGUACCCUCUCUCUCUCUGUGCGUGUGAUAGUAUCUAUGUUCAAUUUCAUUGUUUUUUAAUAUAAUUUAUUGGUCAGUU